CAUAUAUUGUACAAUUUGUAAUUGAUAGAUCUACAUACUUCAACUACUCCUACGAAUUUGCACCGAAUCAUCGCGCUGGCCACGCGCAAACGCUCGAGUUGACUACCAUCCAAGGUCAUAAGUAACACUCAUAUUCGCUUUCACGCACUGAUUGCAUUCACCGACCUAUCGUUUUUGGCUCGUCUCAUCAUUGACAGCUCGGCGCACCAUGUCUGAUCCACGAUUCGCGCGGUUGAAGACCGACCCCCGUUUCCGACGCCCCAAGAAACACAAUUCAAAAGUUGUCGUUGAUGAGCGGUUUAAAGGAAUUUUUGACGAAGACAAGGCGGGAAAGACAAAUUCGAAACAAAAGGGCAAAGGAAAGGAAAAACUAGGCAGAGUGGAUAAAUUCGGUCGUAAAAUUUCAGAAACUCAUGAGAAGGACAACCUCAGGCGGUUUUAUCGGCUGGAACAUGAAAAUGAAGAGACGGAGCCUCCAACUUCAACGAUAACUGACUACGCUCGUGGUGGCGUCCUUAUGGAGUCCUCUUCCGAAUCAGAGGCAGAAGGCCAGGGUGCAGGUGACUCUGACGAUGAGAGCGAUGACCCUGGAUUUGUCACGUUAGGGAGAGGCCUUGAUGAAGAAGGCGAGAUCGACCUUGAUGAGAGCACCUUUGCCGUUCUGGACGCACAAGCUGCUGCAUAUGCGAGGACAGCUCCGGAGGACAACAGUAAAGAAGCUACAGAGAAGACCAGAAGACUAGCCGUUGUCAAUCUUGAUUGGGACCAUGUCCGUGCAGCGCAUCUGUACAAAAUAUUUUCGUCACUCGUUUCACCAGCUGCGCCUGCUGCCCUUCCAGCAUCUGUGCCAAUGCAACCCGACGGCGAGAAGUUUGUCAAGAACACGAGAACCGCAAAGACAACAGUUGCAAGAGGGAAGGUGCUGAGCGUCCGCGUCUAUCCAAGCGAGUUCGGGAAAGAGCGUAUCGCAAGGGAGGAGAAGGAGGGACCGCCUGUAGAGGUGUUCAAAAAGAAAAUAGAAAACGAAGAGGAUGUCAAUGAACGGACGAUUCACGAAACCGGAGACGGAGCGGACUAUGACGAAGACGCUCUGAGAAAGUAUCAGUUGGAGAGAUUACGGUAUUAUUACGCAAUUGUUGAAUGCGAUACCGUCGAAGCUGCUGUGCACAUCUACAACGAACUCGAAGGUACUGAGCUUGAGCGUUCAGCAAACGUGUUCGAUCUCAGUUUUGUUCCCGAUGAGAUGGCAUUCGAUGAAGAAAACCGCGACGAGGCGACGGAUGAUCCUGGAACACGAUACCGAGCAGUAGAGUUCGUGACAGAUGCUCUCCGUCAUUCAAAAGUCAAGCUCACUUGGGACGAUGAUGAUCCGGAGCGCAAUCACAUUACUAGACGACCCCUAAGUAAGAAGGAGAUUGAAGAAGCUGACUUCAGGGCUUAUAUCGCAUCCUCAUCUUCUGAGUCCGAUAAUGAUCCAGAUCCUGUGUCGAAGAAGAAGAGCCAGAAGAACGCCCAAAGAGACAAGCUUCGCACACUACUUCUUGCCGGAGAUGAUGACGAACUUCCAGAAGGGUGGGGCCGUGAUGACGACGCAGGACAACACGACGAUGUAGACAUGGAGAUCACGUUCACCCCUGGUCUCACUGAGGCCCAAAAUCCCGAGGACGAGACGACGAUGGAGGCUUAUCAGAGAAAGAUGAGGGAGAAGCGUAAAAAGAGAAAGGAAGAGGUCAAAGCGAAAGCCACGACAGUCGCAGAUAAUGAAGGAGGGGAACAGGCUAGGAAAAAGGUCUCUUUCGAAGACGACUUCUUCGAGGGUGCAAGUGGGGGUGAAGUUGAGUCCGAGGCAGAGAAGGCAUCGAGGCCGGCGAAGCGGGCGUCCAGCAUACGGGACGCCGACAAGCCAGCGCCACGCCAAGAGAUGAAGUCGGACACCAUGGCAGAGAAGAAAGGCAAAAAGAAAUGGGGCAAAAAGAAAGCGAUUGAUAAUGACGAUGACAUCCAGGACGAGUUCGUUAUCGACGUCAAAGAUGACCGGUUCAAAGCAAUCCACGAAGAUCAUCGAUUCGCUAUCGAUCCCAGCAAUCCUCACUUCAAAAAGACGAAAAGCAUGGUGGCACUUAUUGAUGAACGAGCUAAGCGCCAAAAAAAGAGUCACCCUGAAGAUGAGACAAACGUACGGAUCCCCGCAAAGGUGGAUGACACCAGCCUCAAGAACCUCGUUGAGAGCGUCAAACGAAAAAGCGCAGCGGCUGAUAAGGGCGGAUUUGGGAAGCGGCGCAAGCUAUAGGUUUGUCCUCGGUCUGUCGGUGAGAGGCAUACGACGAGUACUUGGCGUCAUGCUGCUUAUUCUUAUAUGGUUGUGGUCAUUGCAUGGGCAUGAAAAGACCGUCAAUCUAGGGGGAACAACUUGAUCUGCAACAGGGAGUCUCCGUCGAUAGAAUUCUUAUAGAAAACCUCUACUCGUGCUCUUCAUCCCAGCGAAGGUCUCAACGGACGACUUCUCUGAAUUUUACUUGUUUUGCAUCCGCUCAUGUUAUGCUCAUGGAUAUCUCAGGCAAUCCGGUGACAAUAUAAAUCAGAUCUGUGC